AUGUUGUUUGAAAUACUUGAUCGGACGCUCAAGAAUCUUAUGUCAGUUACUGAUCAACAUAAGACACAUCAAUCAUUUGGUGGUAAAGUUGUUAUUCUAGGAGGUAAUUUCAAACAGAUACUUCCGGUGAUUCCGAAAGGGAGUAGACAUGAUAUAUUGAUAUCAGUUAUUAACUCAUCCCAUCCGUGGUCGUUUUGUAAGGUUCUGAAACUGCAUACGAACAUGAGGCUUCUAAUGUCUUUUUUAGAUCAAGAUGAAGGUGAAAGGAAGAGAUUUGCUAAUUGGAUACUUGAUGUUGAAAAUGAAAAUAUUGGUUCUGCUGUUGGUGAUGAAUUAGAAAUUGAAAUUCCAGAUGAUCUAUUGAUUACAACUACUGAUGACCCUCUCUCUCAUUUGAGUAGAAAAAUUCUUACACCUACACUUGAGAGUGUCGAGAAGGUAAACGAUUUUGUCUUAACAAUCUUUUCAAGUAUUGAAAAGGAGUAUUUGAGUUCUGACACAACAUGUCAAGCUGAUGAGAAUGAAGAUGUACAACAAGAGUGGUUCACACCAGAGUUCCUAAAUCACAUCAAGUGUUUGGGACUAUCCAAUCACAAGUUGACUUUGAAGUCAGGAGUCGCUAUAAUGCUGCUAUGA